AUGUCUGAAUCGCAGUCACAUUCCCCCAAGGAGCAUGAAGAAGUCGGCGCGCAUUCUGGCGACGAACAAGAGCACAUGGACAAAGACCAGCAAGAUGGUGCGGGCCAGGGCCAAGGCGAAUUCGAGGUCAAGGAACAAGACCGAUGGCUUCCGAUUGCAAACGUGGCUCGCAUCAUGAAACUCGCGCUUCCUGAAAACGCCAAAAUCGCCAAGGAAGCGAAAGAGUGCAUGCAGGAGUGUGUGAGCGAGUUUAUCUCGUUCAUCACUAGUGAGGCAUCCGAGAAAUGCCAGCAAGAAAAGCGGAAGACCGUCAACGGCGAGGACAUUCUCUUCGCCAUGACCUCUCUGGGCUUCGAGAACUACGCCGAGGCCUUGAAGAUUUACCUCUCGAAGUACCGUGAAACCCAGACUUCGAGAAAUGAGAACCAAGGCCGCCCAGGGAGCAGUGGGUUCGGUGCUGGUGGCCAGGUUGGCGGCGCCGGCCAGUCUCGUCCCAGCGGGUUUCCAGAGGGCGCAGAGGGUGCUAACAACAUCCUCAACCCCAGCCUGGGCCAAGCGGACCAAGAGGCCUAUGGGUAUCCCACGAUUGUUGGGCAGUCCCACAAUGGCGCUGGCGGAGAUGCUUACUAG